GUGACAUCGAUAAUGACUGCCUUUUUGUAGUGAAUGCUGGGUUUUGAAAAAGACUUUUCAUGUCAUUCCAAUUUAGGUCCGAUUCGGAUCCCUCCGUUGUUUCCUUCUUUUUCCUACGCCCUUUCCUCGAAAUGAGAAAGAAGACUCGGGAUUCCAUUGGAAUAUGUUGAUUUGGAGGGAUUGGAGUGGGUCACCAGUAUGAUAUGGAAACCUCUUUGGAUGGAUCAGAAGACUCGGGCAGGAGGUCAACUUGAUUUUGCAAAAGCUUGUAUAGAACUGGGUGCCGAUUUUAGAUUCCUGUCGAAGCAUUUUUACUCCGGGAGGUUUGUUUUUACGCCAGGUUUUGCCUGGUUUUGGUGUUUUCAGAAUUUGGCAGGUGGAACCUACCUCGAAGUCGAAAGUUGGACGAAAGGGAGAAAAUCAAGUCAAACGGUGGAAACAGCAGCAGAUAAC